CGUUCCAUGGAAUUGAGUAGUCACGUUCCUGGGCAAUUCCACCAAGAAAAGGAAGAAUGUGAAAAGGAAAGAGACACACACUUAUGGAGUCCAAUGGGGUGGUGGUCUGCUGCUCGCUUUGAAGUGGACCGGCAUGGCCCUCUUCUCUCCCCCUAUAUUAACUUACCACAACGCUCCCCCCUCCCUCCCAUCUUCUUCAUCAUCUCCUUCUUCCACACCCAGAAAUCUCCAGGAAAACCUUCACUUUCAUUCACGAAGAAUGCCAGAUAUGAAGGAGUCCUGGACCUCUCUGGCCUCCCUCCUGGGCACCUUGGCCUUCUGCCAGACCCUCCUCCAGGCGGUGCUCCCGCCGGAGCUCCGCUAUGCCUCCCUCAGGUUCCUGAAGCGGAUCCUCGGCUUCUCCUCCUCCUACUGCUACUUCGAAAUCACCGAGGCCGUUGGCAUCAACGAUCUCUACAACGCCGUCCAACUCUACCUCAGCUCCUUCCUCUCCGCCUCUUGCAGCCGCCUCUCCCUCAGUCGCGCCCCCAACUCCAGCUCCACCACCUUCACCCUCACCAACAGCGACUGCAUCGCCGACAUCUUUGACGGCGUUUCCGUCCAGUGGGAGCAUGCGGUGACGCAGUGCCAGUCAACCUCCUCGCGGGGUGAGAAACGCUUCUUCACGCUUCGGAUCAGGAAAUGUGACAGGGACCGUAUCCUCGACUCCUACCUGGACUACAUCAUGGACAAGGCCAACGACAUCCGCCGUAAGAACCGAGAACGCCUCCUCUACACUAAUUCGCACGGCGGGUGGAACCCAGUGCUCUUCAAGCACCCGAGCAUUGACACAUUGGCCAUGGACCCGGAAAGGAAGAGGGACAUCAUGGAGGACCUCCGUGACUUCGUGGCCGGGAAGGCCUUCUACCAGCGGACAGGCCGGGCCUGGAAGCGGGGCUACCUGCUCUAUGGCCCGCCCGGGACGGGGAAAUCUAGCAUGAUCGCUGCCAUGGCCAAUUUCCUCAGCUAUGACAUCUACGACCUCGAGCUCACCAAGGUGCUCUCCAACUCGGAGCUCCGAGAUCUCCUCAUGAGGACGAGCUCCAAGUCCAUCAUCGUCAUUGAGGACAUCGACUGCUCGGCCAAUCUGUGCAACAGGUCGAAGGCGCCCCAAGACCUCGCGCGUCGGAGCUGCUCCGACCCUGGUGCCCCUAAUGCCGCAUUGGGUAGCGAGGACGGGAACAACAACCCGAUCACCCUCUCCGGACUGCUCAACUUCACCGAUGGCCUGUGGUCGUGCUGCGGGAGUGAGAGGAUCUUCGUGUUCACCACUAACCACAUCGACAAGCUCGACCCAGCGUUGCUCCGGAGCGGCCGGAUGGACAUGCACAUCUACAUGAGCUACUGCUCGUACCCGGCGCUCAAGAUCCUGCUCCAUAACUACCUGGGCAGCGAGGCUGAGGACCUUGGUGAGGCGGCGGCGGCGAGCGAGCUCCGAGAGGUAGUCAAGAAGGCCAAGAUGACGCCAGCAGACAUAAGCGAAGUCUUAAUCAAGAACCGGAGGAACAAGGAGAAAGCAGUGAGCGAGUUGCUGGAGGCGUUGAAGGCGAGAGCGGAGAGGAACGAGAAGUACGGGGUUGAGAGGGAGCGCGAGCUGAACGGCGAGGAGGAGGAGGAGGAGGAGCAAGAGAAGAGGGCUCUGGAGAGCCCCAAAGAUGGGAGCCACUGCGACACCGAUUCUCGCAAGAAAGUGGAGGAUGAUGAAGCGGAGAAGGCAAAAUGAGAGGGAAAACUUUACUAUGAAGGGUUCCGACAGAUCAUGAGCAUUCAACAUGUUGGUUUCUUAGAAAGGGUUUGUUGGGGGUGUCCAAUUUCAAAUCUGUUUUGCUGAUGGCAUGGUGGUCAAAUAACAAAUCCUGGUCCUCUAUCGAAAAAUCGGGUUUGAUGUUUUCUUCUCUCUCCAUGGAGAAGUGUUGCUUGGGGACUUGAUUUGGGAGCUGUUGUUUUAACCGUUGUCUCAUUAAUCUGGAGUGUAAUGGUGUUCGCUCCCUGCA